AGAACUUUGAACUAAUAGGAAAAGGAGGUCAAUGCAAGUUCGUCGUGUUUGUGUGUCAGAAGAAUCUUACGAGAGAGAAUUAAAGCUGGAAAUGUCGUCUGAAGUGUACGACUGCAUCGUCAUUGGCGCAGGGAUCCAGGGGUCCUGCACUGCCUAUCAGCUGGCCAAAAACAAGCAGAAAACUCUACUGCUGGAGCAGUUUGUUUUGCCCCACUCCAGAGGGAGCUCUCACGGCCAAACCAGGGUUAUACGGAAAACCUAUGAGGAAGAUUUCUACGUACAGAUGAUGCACGAAAGCUAUGAGCUCUGGGCUCAGCUUGAGAGAGAAGCAGGUGUUGAACUGUACAGGCGCACUGGCUUACUGGUUAUGGGUCCAGAAAACGGAGAGGGUUUCUCACGCCUAAAGGCCACGAUGCAAAGGCACAAGAUUCCCACAGUGUUUCUGGAGAAGCAGGAAUUCAGCCAGCACAUUCCCAAUGUGAAUCUCGCUGAUGGGAACGGAGCGCUGAUAGACACCUUUGCUGGCGUGCUGUAUGCGGACAGGGCUCUCCGAGCUGUGCAGAGGCUGUUUCAGUCCUGUGGGGGUGUGAUAAAGGACGGGGAGAAAGUAAUUGACAUCAGGCCUGGUGCGGAGGUCACUGUAACGACGGACUCUGGAGUGUACAGAGGGAGGAGUCUGGUGAUCACUGCAGGACCCUGGGCCAACACUCUACUGAGACACACAGGACUGCAGCUCCCGCUCAAGGUUGUAAAGAUUAACGUAUGCUACUGGAAGGAGGAGAUCCCAGGCACCUACAGUGUCGGCCAGAGUUUCCCAUGUUUUAUAGAGAUGGAGCCAAAAGAGGGGGAAUAUGAUAUUUACGGCCUUCCAUCCAAUGAGUAUCCAGGACUAAUGAAGGUGUGUUACCACAUGGGCAGUGAGACCGAACCGGAUGAGCGAGAUAAACAGACGGAUAGAGGGGACAUCGAUAUUCUGGUGCGUUUCGUCACCCGCUGUCUCCCUGGGCUGGUGCCAGUGCCUGCUGUGGUGGAGAGCUGCAUGUACACGGUCACGCCAGACCAUAACUUCGUCCUUGAUUCCCACCCAACCUACGGCAACAUCAUCAUCGGUGCUGGAUUCUCAGGCCACGGCUUCAAGUUCGGCCCUAUCAUAGGGAAAUUGCUCUCUCAAUUGGCCAUGGGGCAGGUUCCCUCACACGACCUCUCACCUUUCCGUAUUCAACGUUUCCAGUCUCACGCCAGAUCGUCACUUUGAAUCCAAGAGCCUACAAUGACAGCUACAUUUAACAUAAUAAAACAAUGUUAAAUGUCUGAAUGUUAACUGUGCUAUGUUAAUCCAUUACUAAUUCAUACAUGCUUUUUUCUGUAAUAUCAAGGCUGUGCCAAGUUAACAUUAGACUAAAGAUGUGCAAAAAGGAAAUAUUCUUUCCCACGGAAUCCUGUCUAAAUCUCACCAUCAGUGUGUUGAUGGUGGUGUGGAAUUGUGCCAUUGAAGUGAUGUGAGUGAAAGAAGUUGACUUCCACCACCUUAUUGCAUGUAUAAUAACAUGUGAAAUAAUAAAAAUACCAUAGGCUUUAUGUAGACAUGAAGACUGUAUAUGUGCUAAUUAUGUUUCUAGGUAACAGCCUAUUUUAUAUUGGUUUCUAUGUAAACUCUGGGUGAGUCUAACUGCUUUAAUUGUCAUUUUUAAAUCUUGAUAUAAUUUAUUCUUUGCAUUGCAUAUUGUCCAUUUAAUAUUUCUAAAAGAUAAGCAUGGGGGCGUUUGGUUUUUUUCUAAACAUUAUUGAUUAUUUAAUGUUUGUAUGUAAAAUUAAAGCCAUAUUCAUUAUU